AUGGGCAAGGGCACGGCCAGGGAGAGGGAAAGGGGCAGAUGGGCGAGGGCUUGGGGGCGGAGGAGGCGGCUCCGAGACGAGGGCACUCAAAGCGGAGGCGGCUGCUGCAGCGUCUUCUUCGAGCAACAGCUGCAGGUUCCCGCAGUUGCCGGGGAAAGUAAAACUCGUAGUGCCUCGAACGACGGCGAUCACCAACCGGAACUGCCUGAGAUGUCUUCGAUUCAGCUUAUCGACACCCCUCUCCUCCAAGAACCAGGUGGAUGGCAGCUUCCAGGCAACGGAAUCUCCAUGGACGCGACCGGUGAACCGAAAUCCGGCACGACCUGGCUGGGGAGGUUGGUGCCGGAUCUGGCGCUACACCUUUGUGGGAACGCGAACAACUCGUGGUGCGGCAUGGGAGGACUAGUUGUUCUCGACAACAUACCGGCGCCAAAGUACGUGUUCGAGAUGGUGAACAAGACCGCCGGCGAGGGUGCUCUCUUCCUUCACUUCGAUGGCAACGGCAAACACUACAUACCGGGCAUGAAGGGCGAGCCGCAUCCCGGCUGCGACAACGGGGGCAGGCCGCACGAGAACUACUUCGGGGACACUCCGCCGUGCCUGGACGAGGAGGACACUCCGACGAGGGAGCGCCUGCGCGCGUGCCUCUUCAACACGUCGGCCCUGUGCGUGCAGUACAUGCCCAGCGUCGAUCCGGACGUUAGACGGAGUAUGGUCAUCAUACGGGACCCCAGAGACGUGGCGAUGUCCGAGCGGGAAAUGCGGAUGAAGUACUACAGAGACCCCGCCUGGAUCAGAAAGGCUACGCCGGACGUGUUCGCGCGGAAACGCUUCGAGAUUCUGGUCUCAUGGACACACCAGCGGUACCUCUGGCACACGGAAACCGUCAUGGCGCCCUCGUCUCACGUCGUCUUCUAUGAGGAUCUGAAGGACCAUCACCAUGGCUUCAUCGGCAUGGCGGACUUCAUGGGCCUGACGUGCUCCGAGGAGGACGCCCUAGAGGUGUGGCGGGCCCACCGGAACCCCGCGCCGCACGGGGACUACAGCACGCACGGGCUCAAGCAGGAGACGGUCCAGUGGAUGAACGAAACCAUGGCGAGGCUGCUGCCUCCCUCGCUGGCCCUCCGCUGGGGAGUGACCCCGACCGACCUCGGAGCUUGAGCGACGGCCACCCCACAGGAGUUGGGGUGAGGUUGAUCUGGUGUGUUUAGGCAACGACACGUACCGGUCUUCGGGAGCCGACAGGGUCCCUUCUAUCGCCGCGGCGUUCCUUUGCUAUUUCUGCCGUUGCAUAUGGUGGCGUCCACGAGUGUUGAAUGUGUCCAAUAGUUCGGACGCCGUGGUGAACCGUGAACCGUGAACCGUGAAGGGUAGUGCGUCUGGGCACACGCAGACAAUACCCAUCGCGUCACGACGUCAUUGCGGAUGGGUAUGUUGAGGUGUAUUGAGUUUCGAUCAGAGUGUGGUUGUGCGCGGCGUUGGCCCCACGUUGUUAGAGGUCGUGUUCGCUACAUAAGGAGGCGAUCCGCUGGUCUCCAACAGUCAUGUCGUCGCGUCAACUAAAGGCAGUUGUAUGGUUCUUGUGGAAGUCGUUCCUGUUGCCCGAAAGGUUCGAUGAGUUCUCCACGUUGAAAUCUUGGUUUUUGCCUGGGGGUUGCGGGGUGCUGAUUUGUGUGUAUGUGUUUUGUUUUUUUUGGUGUGUCGUUUUGACUGGUGGUGCGCGCAGGCUUGGGUGGUGCUGUGAGUAUUGUGUGGUUUUGUAACUAAUUCCUUGUUGUCUUUUGGUUCCGGUCGUCUAACCUUUGUCGGUCGGUGGUACCUAUUCAAUAGACUAGACCCCCCAGAGACCGGUUGACUUGUGUUGUGUGUGGCACUGGUGCUGCAGAUAUAUAAUAGUUUGAGUUUGUUGGAUUGGUGAGGGCCAGAGACUCCAGUGGAACUGAACCUCUGUGUAGAUUGCAUGUGGUCGGAAAUGGCAGGCCAGCGCUUGCAGAGACUGUGGUUGGAGUACGCCAGCCUUUGAUGAUGACCUGCCUCGUACCUUCCUAGGUACACAGCAGUUGUUUACUGGGUGUCAGGGUCAGGCUUUUGGGUAUGAUUCGCGCGCAUGCUCUCUUGCGCGUUUCGUUAGCGCCUCUGUUCGGAUUGUUUAUAUAUUAUGUUUCGC